ACAGCUGUCCGUGGCAGACCAUCGGGUUUGCGAUGUCCGACGGGCUCACGGAUGGUAGAACUCAUACGCCACACGCUAUUAUUUUUUCCUACGCAACACAACACCACAACGCAAGCGCAUUCGACAAUCCCUUUCUCUCUCUACCUCGUCCGUCCGGGAUCUCUAGGGUUUCAACCUUCGACUUCGAUUGAAUCGCUAGGGUUUUGAUUAUAUCCUCUCUCCUUUGAUCGUACAUUAAAUUGAAUCAAGAAAUUCGGAAAAAAUAUGGUACUUUCUCAGAGGAUUCAUGAGGCAUUCAAAGGAACUGUGGAAAGAAUAACAGGGCCUCGAACAGUCUCUGCUUUUAAAGAGAAAGGAGUUUUAAGCGUCUCCGAGUUCAUCCUGGCUGGUGAUAAUCUCGUAUCCAAAUGCCCUACCUGGUCUUGGGAAUCUGGAGAGCCAAGCAAGAGGAAGUCCUAUUUACCGCCCGAAAAGCAAUACUUGAUUACUAGAAAUGUGCCCUGCCUAAGGAGGGCUGCGUCAGUGGAAGAAGAAUAUGAAGCUGCAGGAGGAGAGGUUCUUCUUGAUAAUGAAGACAAUGAUGGUUGGUUGGCAACUCAUGGUAAACCCAAAGAUAAAAAUGAUGUGGAGGAAAACCUGCCUUCAAUGGAGACUCUAGAAAUAAGGCAGAAUGCUGUAAGAUCAAUACCUUCUUAUUUUGGGGUUGGUGAAGACGAAGAAGAUAUACCCGACAUGGCUGAUUAUGAAGAAGCUGACAAUCUUGUUGAGACUGAUGCAGCUACUUUACAACCAACAUAUCUUGUUGCUCAAGAGCCUGAUGAUGACAAUAUUUUACGGACCCGAACCUAUGAUGUCAGCAUCACGUAUGAUAAAUACUAUCAGACUCCUCGUGUGUGGCUUACUGGGUAUGAUGAGUCAAGGAUGCUCUUACAACCAGAGCUUGUUCUGGAGGAUGUUAGUCAGGAUCAUGCACACAAAACGGUUACUAUUGAGGACCAUCCUCACUUACCUGGGAAGCAUGCAUCCGUACAUCCAUGCAGACAUGGGGCUGUCAUGAAAAAGAUCAUUGAUGUGCUUAUGUCACGUGGAGUAGAACCUGAAGUUGAUAAGUAUCUUUUCUUGUUCUUGAAAUUUGUAGCCUCUGUAAUUCCGACAAUUGAGUAUGACUACACCAUGGACUUUGAUCUUGGCAGCACCAGCACUUAAUUAGAGCUAUGGCUUGACAAUUUAUUGAUGGAUCAUAUUGGGUAUACCUGCAACUGCUUGUAAAUGCAUAUCCCGUGCAUGAUAAUCACCCUUGUAUGCAUUGCUUGACUGAAUUACUGAGUUCCCACGGUGUUUGCUUCGUUCGUUAGUUCAUACCCUACUCAGGGCCACCACACUUGUAAAUAUGCUGUCUCUGUUAUCAGACUGGAACUUUGUUCUUGACUUUUUUAUUUGGAAAUUUUUCAUUCCACAAAUAUUGUUUCGUAUCAAA